UCCAUGUGGGUAGGUCUUGACCUGAUGUCUCUCUACCAUUGAAUCUCAUCUUCUUGUCUUGUCUAGAUCUUUGAGUAACCCAAGUCUUUCUUCUAUAUAAACGUCAUGUAUAUGGAUUCACAACCAACAAGAGUCUUUCCAUAUUCCGAUUCUCCAAAGAAAUUUCAAGUUUGGUAUUCCUUCCACGGUCUCAUAUUUAUCUUGGAACAUAUUGCAACAUGGGUUUCCGUUUGCCUAGAAUUGUUCACGCUAAGAAAAGUCUUCAACGAUCUCCAUCAACAGGAAAUGGAGCAUCGUCAAAGGCUGUCGAUGUUCCAAAGGGUUACUUUACAGUUUAUGUUGGUGAAGCACAAAAGAAGCGUUUUGUCAUUCCACUAUCUUACUUGAACCAGCCUUCUUUUCAAGAUUUGUUGAGUCAAGCAGAAGAAGAGUUUGGAUAUGAUCAUCCAAUGGGUGGCAUCACAGUUCCUUGCAGUGUAGACGAUUUCCUCGAUCUCACUCGGAGUUUGCAUGACUCAUGAACGAGAGAGAUUAGAAUGUAGAAUUAGAUUGUAUAGAGAAUGAAUUAGAAUCUAGAAACAAUGUAAACUUUUUCGAAAUGAGGGAACUUGAUUCUUUUGAUUAUUGAAACUAUAUGAUGAAAGUUCAUUCUUCCUUUCCACUUGC